GGAACUGUUGAGAGGACUCGGUGAGAAGACAUGCAAAGUGUAGAGGUGGGAUGAUGUGGAGACGCUGUCCCUUCAACACAAGACCCUACUGAUCUAUACCUUUAGCCCACUGCCCCUCCACAAUUCAGAGCGCCCCUGGCCACCCAUGAAACUCCUGUAUUGGCUGGAACCAGCCUGUGUUCUAGAAUCUUGUCUCCUAAAUGAUCUCCUGGUUCUAGAAUCCCACGGCUAUUUGAGACGGCACACUCUAGAAGCAGAGGGGUCAGCUGCUCUUCCUGGGCGUCGUCUGCUCGCUCAAGCUCCACCGACCCGAGUCUGUGCUGCUGCCAGGAUGCGAUGGUGGGACCGUAUUGCUGUGCUCUUCCUCCCGAAAGGCAUGAUCCUCACCGUGGCUGCACUACUGCUCUUCCUUAUGCACCUGGGCAUCUUUGCCAGUGACGUGUACAACUUCUGCUUCACCUACCAUUACGACCGCAUGAGCUUCCGCUACACAGUUGUCCUGAUGUUUUCCAAGGUGAUCAGCAUCUGCUGGGCCGCCAUGGGGUCACUCUACGCUGAGAUGGAAGAUUACAAGCUUGUUCGGAGCUUUGCCCUGACCAUCCUGAUGCUCAACGGAACCAUGUUCUUCAACCGUCUGUCCCUGGAGUUUCUGGCCAUGCAGUACCGGGAGGAGAGCCACUGAGG